ACGGGGGGGUCACGUGACUCGGAGCUGCGGCGGCAGUCAUAUGAUGUUUGCUGCAGUUUGAGGACGGUGCAGGAAGUUGUAGCAGACACGUUUGCUGAGUUUUAUUUGGGGUUAGUGGAGUGGGGGUUUGAGUCAUGUUCGCCCGAGGGUUCCUGCUGGUUCUGCUGGGAGGUCUUCAGCUCGGCGCGCGCGCUCAGUACUCACCUGAUGAGGUCACUCAGCUGCCCGGCAUGAAGUUCAAGCCCAACUACAGUCAGUGGUCCGGGUACCUGGACGCAGGACCGGGGAAGCGUCUUCAUUACUGGUUUGUGACCUCUCAGGGGGACCCGACCAAAGACCCCGUGGUGCUCUGGUUGAACGGGGGUCCCGGCUGCAGCUCUUUGGACGGGUUCUUGUCAGAAAAUGGACCGUUUCAUGUGGAUAACGAUGGGGCCACUCUGUAUGAGAAUCCACUGAGCUGGAAUAAAAUUGCCAACAUGUUGUACCUGGAGUCUCCUGCAGGAGUGGGUUACUCCUACUCCGAUGACCAGGAGUAUAAAACCGAUGAUGAUAAGGUGGCUGACGAUAACUACAGAGCCCUCCAGAGUUUCUUCGUGAAGUUCCCAAACUUCACGGAGAACGAGUUCUUCAUUUUUGGGGAAAGCUACGGAGGAUUUUACGCGCCGAUGCUGAGCCUGCGCGUGGCCACCGGACAGGCUGAGAUCAACUUCAAGGGCUUUGCAGUGGGAAACGGUCUCAGCAGCUUGGAUCUCAACGACCAGUCUCUGAUCUACUUCGGUUAUUACCACGGCCUCUUUGGAGAGGAUUUGUGGCGUGAUCUGAACACAAACUGCUGCGACAAGGGGAGCUGUAACUUUUACAACUCCUCCUCUGAGACGUGCAGGACUUUGGUGAACGUGGCCUUCAGCAUUGUGUAUAAAAGUGGCCUUAACGAGUACUCGCUUUACAUGGACUGUGAAGGGUGCCGAGCGUACCACAAAGGCUACGUGAGGACGAUGAGCCAUGUGUUCAGGAACUACAGGAAGAAGCUGUGCACCUACGAGCUGCCCGACGUCAGGGCGUCCUCCGUCUCUCUGAGUUCAGUUCCUCCCUGCAUCGACAGCUCGGCCAUGACGGAGUGGCUGAACCGAGGCGACGUGAGGAAAGCUUUACACAUUCCGGACACGCUGCCGCCAUGGGACAUCUGCAGCGAUACGGUUGGAAACGAGUACGUGUGUUUGUACUCGACGAUGAAGGACGUGUAUCUGAAGCUGCUCUCGCUCGGCCUGCGGGCGCUCGUCUACAACGGAGACACGGACAUGGCCUGCAACUUCCUGGGAGAUCAGUGGUUCGUGGAGGACCUCGGCAUGAAGGAAACCAGCAAGUACCAGAAGUGGACCCACGAUGACCAGGUCGCUGGUUUCUACCAGCAGUUUGGAAACCUCACAUUUCUGACCGUAAAGGGCGCGGGUCACAUGGUUCCUCAGUGGGCUCCUGGUCCAGCGCUCCACAUGUUCCAGUCCUUCAUAACAAACGGGUCCCACUGAGCCCCGAUAGAGCGGCGGCGCCGCCGGCGUUCUCUCAGGGAAAAACUCUUCUGGAAGUUUCUUCACCUUUGACUUAAAUCUCUGGGGAGUUCUGACAUUUCUGUUUCUGCUAUUUGGAACGAUAAAUUUAAUCUUUUUUCAGAAAAUCUCCUUUUCAAAUGAUGCUGUCAGACGAGCACGUUUUUACUUUUAGGUUUUAAGAUUUUAGCUGGAGCUAAAAAGUAAGUUUUACAAAGCUGCACACCUCUGCCAACGUUAAAUAGAUGAAUAAGAAGAGGAUCCAGAUCUGUUUGAAUCUGUGGUCUGACUGAACAUCACUUCAUGUUUGUGGAGAAGGAGACGAGCUGAAGGACAAUUAAUUAAUGAACAAUGUUCAAUUAAAGCUGAACAAGGGACUUCUGGAGGGAACAGACUAGUUUAACAGUUUGUUCCUGAUGUCGUAGUUUUAGUUUAGCGCGUCUGCUCAGCUGAUCUUGUCUGGGAGCUCUCGCUGCAAACUGAAUUUAUUAACAGGUUUACAACCCAACAGAAAUGUUUAAACAUUAAAUGUUGUCUGAAACAACUGAUUGUAUGAAUAUGAAGCUGCCUUUUCCUUUUGUUGGUGGAGCCUUUAAUCCAAACUGUGUUUACAUCUGUCAACGCCACUUUACUUUUAAUAAAUGUUCUCUGGAUUUGU